GAAAGCGAAGAAAAGGCAACUCCAAAACUACUUUUCUCCGUUGUCUCUCUCUCUCUCUUUUUGUCACCCCCCAAAUUCUCUAAAAUCCACUCACAACUUAUUAUCAAAUAAAAGGCACAAGGCAGUUGUAGAUGAAGUUUAGACAUAUCGUGUAUGCAUCGAUCAGUGGCUUUGUUUUGCUAUGACUUGAUUUUCACUAGGGAAGCCUUGGCGUUACGGGUGUAACAUUCUUGGCAUUCUAUGUUGAUAAUACCAUGCAGCUAUAUCAUCAUCCUUUUUCCUUGGACAGCCAGAAGGUGAGACUUACUUUGGAAGAGAAAGGUAUCGAUUACACUUCACAUCAUGUAAACCCUUUAACGGGCAAGAACAUGGAUGCGUUUUUCUUCAAUAUGAAUCCAAGCGCGAAAGUACCUGUAUUCCAGAAUGGUUCUCAUAUCAUAUAUGAUACCAUUGAGAUUAUUCAGUAUAUUGAAAGAAUUGCAGAAAAAGUGUCUUCUGGCGGAAACAAUCUGAACCCUAGCAGCAGAGAAGUUGUCAGAUGGAUGCAUAAAAUACAAGAAUGGGAUGCAAUGUACUUAACCCUUUUCCAUGUCCCUGAGAAGUAUCGGCUAUAUGUUUCUAAAUUCCUGAGACGUGUAAUCAUUGCCCGAAUGGCUGAAUGUCCUGACUUAGCAGGUGCUUACCAUUGUAAGUUACGAGAGGCUUAUGAUAUAGACGACAAGUUGAAGAAUGCUGAGGUUUCGAGACGAAGUGAGAAUCAUUUAGUAAGACUUCUUGAUGAAGUGGAACUCAAACUUGGUGAAACAUCAUAUCUAGCCGGGGAAGAGUUCACUCUAGCUGAUGUAAUGCUCAUCCCUGUUCUAGCGAGAAUAGAACUCUUGAACUUGGAAGAGGAGUACAUAAACAGUCGUCCAAAUAUAGCAGAUUAUUGGGUGUUGGCUAAGCAAAGACCAAGUUAUAAGAAGGUGAUUGGCAAGUACUUUGAUGGAUGGAGAAGACGUAAAACACUGUUGAAAACAUGGUGCUUCAUUCGUAUCAGAAGUAUGCUCCGCAAAUUCUGAGAGUUCAAUGUUGGAGAGCAAAAGCAAUUAUAUAAUGUAAUUUAACCCUUUUCUUUUCUUACUGUUCAGUUUAGUUUCCUUCUUUCUUUUUGCAAGGGAAGGGAGAACUUGCAGUCGCAUAGUGUAAGCAAUAAUUGUUAAGAUGAUCUAAUAUUGUGCUUUUUUUCUGUUUGCACUUUUUUGCAACCCAGAAGGAAAGUCAUUUGCAAUUGUUCAUAUAUAUAUAUGUAAAGUCAAACUUUGGUCAUUGUUGAGACUUGAGAUUAUAGUAAUUCUUUACCAA